ACGGGAGCGUAAUACAACUGGAUACUAACAGUAGGGUUGUGCAGUAAAAGCUGCUAUUUUAAGAUCAGGGAGUUAGAGUUAAGCAGACAGGAGGACCAACGCUGGGCUCAGGAGAGGGAGGGCUGGGCUGAUGAAUAACUGUGUUGACGUUACAUUUUCCUGUUGCACAGAUAACACCCUGUAACAUAUUCAUACUCAUUCAUACAGCAGGGGAGUCACCUGCUCUGCCGUCACUAAGGACAGAAGUGUGACCAGCUUCAACUAAGAGACGUAGCUAUAAUGGCUUCCUCAGGUAACGUUAUAGCAGAAAAACAUUUGCAGUGCUCCAUCUGUCAGCAACUGUUCACCGAUCCAGUCACCAUUCCCUGCGGACACAACUUCUGCCAGGCCUGCAUUCAAAGUGUGUGGGACAGCAGUGAGGUCUGCAAAUGCCCCACCUGUGGCAAAUCAUUCACACCCCGGCCUGAAAUAAGCAUCAACACGGCCUUCAAAGAGCUGGCAGACAUGUUCAGAAAGAUGGCAGUCAGCCAGCCGGCUUCACCGCCGUCCACGGCCAAACAGGGUGAGGUGGUGUGUGAUGUGUGUGCUGCCACAUCUCUGCAGGUGAAGGCACUGAAGUCCUGCCUGGUGUGUCUGACCUCUUACUGUGAAACCCACCUUGAGCCUCACCAGAGAGUCGUCACCUUGAAGCUGCACAAGCUGAUAGAUCCGGUGACGGACUUGCAGGACAGGAUGUGUAAGAAACACGAGAGGCUGCUGGAGAUGUUCUGCAGGGACGAGCAGAAGUGUGUUUGCCAAUUCUGCACCGAGACCGAGCACAAAGAUCACCAGACUGUUACAAUAGAGGACGAGAGUGAGCAGAGGAAGGUCCAAAUGAAGAAGACUGAGGCGGAUUUUCAGCAGAUGAUUGAGGAGCGACUGAACAAAGUGGAGGAAAUCAAAAACUGUGUAAAGCUCAGCACGAGGAGUGCAGAGAAGGAGAUGAAGGAGAGCGACUGUCUCUUUUGGUCUCUAAUUCGCUUGGCCGAGGAGAGACGGGCCGAAGUCAACACCGAGAUCGAGGAGAAGCAGAAAGCAGCAGAGAGGAGGGCGGAGGAGCUCAUCAACGAGCUGCAGCAGGAAAUCGCUGAGCUCCAGAGGAGAAACACUGAGCUGGAGGAGCUGGGGAACACAGAGGACCACCUGCACCUCUUACAGAGGUUUCCCGCUCUUACGUCACCUCCGCCCACCAGAGAGUGGAUGGAGAUUGGCGUCCACCCCAAACUCUGCGUUGGGACGGUGAGGAAAGCGCUGUCCAAAUUGGACGACACCCUGAAGAGUGAGCUGGAUGGCCUGAAGAAAGAAGAGAUGAAGAGGGUGCAGAAAUAUGCAGUUGACGUGGUGUUAGACCCGGACACCGCCCAUCCAAACAUCAUCCUGUCAGCUGACGGGAAGCAGGCGGGCCGUGGUGAGCUGCUGCACAUAGUGCCUGACAACCCUCAACGCUUCGACCCAGUCAUCUGCGUUGUGAGCAAGAAAGGCUUCUUGUCCGGGAGGUUCUACUUCCAGGUUGCAGUGGGGACAAAGACCUUUUGGGACCUGGGUGUGGUCAAAGAGUCUGUCAACAGGAAGGGGAUGAUCACCUCCAAGCCGGAGAACGGCUAUUGGACGGUGCGGCUGAGGAGCGGAGAUGAGUACCGCGCUCUGGAUUCACCUUCAGUCCCUCUGUCUCUCAAGGAGAAGCCGCAGACUGUCGGAGUAUUUACUGAUUACGAGGAGGGGACGGUCUCGUUCUUUAACGUGGACUCCAAGUCUCACAUCUACACCUUCAGUGGGUGUUCGUUUUCUGAGCGGAUUUACCCUUUCUUCAGCCCAGGUGUUUAUGACGAAGGGAAGAAUACAGCGCCAUUGGUCAUCACAGCUGUCAAUCAGAAGACAUAGGCUUGUGGAUAAACCCUUGACUGUGAUUUAAAGCUCAAGGGGAGACGUUUCUUACAGAACUGAUUCAGUAUUUAAUAGUAAAAUUUUUGUUUUUUUGGCAUCUUGACAUUUUUCCUUGGUGAUGAAUAAAGUCAUUUGGGCGGCAUUAAGUUCCCUACAAAACAUAUUUACUAAUAGUAGAUGUUUAUGAAUGUUUUAGGAGACUGGAUUGCAUGGACAUAUGGGGGGGGGCUUUAACCUAAAUAAUCAAUAUAUCAUUAGAUUAAAAAUAAAUAGCAUGAGGAUAAUGCCUUGGCUAACAUCAAUCAAUGUUUCUGCAGUGAUCUGAUUUUGAAAUAAACAUGCAUUCAUUUUUUUUUAACUACAGAAACCUGUCCUGUUUUGUAAUAUCUUUGCAUCAGUCCCAUCAGACCUUCCAUGUUUCCAUGUGCUUUGCAGUCCAAACCAUGCAAGGGUGACAUAGAAGGAAACAUCCAGUGACAAACUUUAAUAAACACUUUAAACUCUA